UCCGUUGUUUUCUUCCAGAACGCAGAACGCGUGCGCGAACAGCAAAAAACGUACACAAACAAAGCAAUUACAGACAUCACGGAAUACUUCUUCUCGAUGCACAACGUGCUCCAAACGGUCGAAAAGGAGCUGCUGGAAACGGUAAGGAAUGACUUUGUGAAGUACCGUACGGAAAUCGGAACCGUACAGAAGCAACUUGCCACCACCGAGCGGGAUUUGUCGCGUUCGAUCGAGCAGCUAAAGACGUUCCAAGUGGUGCUUCCUCGACAGACACUGCUAACCGAUCUUACCAGGGACAUGAAGAAGAUGCUGCAAACGGCGCCCAUUACGGCCAACUUCCAGGAACCAAAGGAAAAUCCUUUCCAAUUUCGAGAACUUAUGCCCCUACGAAGGGACAUUCACAACUAUUUUACUCUGGAUUGCAAUCGCAACAGUUACCGGCACACUGUGGUUCCCUACUUUGUGCCCGAGCCUGCUCCCGUGCUGGAACCGAUAAAGUCACCGGAAACGCUUCACUCGCCUGAAGCCACCCCAUCGGCGAUGGAACAUGAUGGAAGUAAGAAACCCGGUUUCGAUUGGGAAAAUCUGGAUAAAUCCACGGCAUCGUCUAGUCAUACAGUGAAGGAAAUGGACAUCAGUAAAAUUUCCGACGAACUGGAGAACGUUGAGGAGGUACAGUUUGUGGAGGAGAGUCUUUCGUUAGGUUCCGGAAAAACAACCGGAAGUCAAACUCGAACCAAAAAGAAGAAGAAUAAGAAAGGCAAGGACCGCUCAUCACAUGAAUCGUCGCGAUCCAGUCUCAACAAGAACGUUGUUGAUGUCGGUAUGAAUGCGGUCGGCAAAGCAUCCAGCACUGCUACCAUGAAGGCCAAGUGCGCCAGUCCGGAUGUGGAAAUCAUUGAUCGACCCGAGCAAACUUCGAAUAGUCGACAAGGAGGCAACCGUCAUUCGCCAAGGCGUGGAUUUUCGUCCAAACGAACCUUCGGAGGUCGUUUGAAAUCCCAAGGGCUGAACAGUUCCGCUCACAGCAGUUCGAAUCAGCACGCAUCGGCCAGUGCACCGGUUGAUUCUUCCCGAGAAGGAAACACGGUGUUUGAGAUAAAUCCAAUCAACCCGGACAAUGCCUUGUUCAUCAAAUUCAGCCAGAAGGUGAAUGUUACCUAUGUGACGAGUCCGCACAAAUUCUACGUGCAGAAUCAGGCCUUCAAAUCGAUCGUCAACCAGCUAUGCUGCGAUGACGCUGAGGCCGAGGAUGCCGAGGUCCCAGAGGAUGUCAAAAUUGGUAAGCUAUAUCUGGCUCAACCCACAGCUGAUCGGCGCUGGUACCGGUCCAGGGUGAUCGGGUACUCCAAAGAGACCAAGAAAUAUGACGUCCGUUUCGUUGACUACGGUCGUACGGAUGAAAUUCUCCAUUCACGUCUUCGUGUGCUGCAAGAAGACAUGCAGGAAUUUGAAGAUGGCGCGUACGAGUGUGCUUUGUACGACAUUGUCCCAGCAGACGGAAGCAAAACGUGGGCCCCCGAAGUCAAGCAAAUUAUGGUUGACUUUAUUGAGAACAAGCAAUCGAUCAUGUAUGUAAUCCAGACCGACACUGAUGGUAUCGAUCAUGUUGACCUCAUAAUGCAGACCGUCGACAGUCCGAAAUCGCUGCGUGAUGCUCUAAUUUAUUUGAAUUUGGCUAAACCGGAUCCAAAUCCGACAAAACGUAGCGAAGAUUCCUCACAGCGGAUCGAUCACCUUGAGAAGGUAAAGAAACGAUGGAUCCUGGACUACAAGCGAAAAAUUGCUGCUCGAAAAUUGGAAAAGGAUGACGUGUUCAGAACGAAAAUUACCCUAUCACUGUCGCCCAGUGAGUUCUAUAUCUGCAAGAACGGCUGGCGGGAAUCAUACCAAAAGAUGCAAACCGAACUGAGUAUCUACUGCAACAAGGAUGCCAGAGUUGCUUACUUGCCUCACGUGGGAAUGGUUUGCGCUUUUUCGGAAAAGGAUCACGACGACCUAUUGGUAUGGAAGCGGGGACGCAUAGUCAAAGUGGGUGAAGGGAAGUGUGAGGUGUAUUCGGUAGAUACAGGUCAUCGCUUGACCAUAGGAUGGGAAAACAUUCGUGAGAUUUCGGGGCCAUUCAGCUCGCCACCAGCGUUUGCCGUCUGCUGCAAGCUGAUGCACAUCGAACCGUUCAAGCAGCACAUGUGCCGUUGGACAGCGGAAGCAAUAGAAUAUUUCAACGGCAUCGCACGAACCUUGUCCGUCUUUCAAGUGAUCGUUGGUGGCCUGGUGGCCGAUUGCUAUGAUGUAGUUCUUCACAUUGUGAAGCGCCGGUAUGACGUCUGUGUGAAUGGUCUAAUGGUGAAGAACGGGUUCGCUGUGUCAACCGGUGAGGAAAGUAGCACCGUAGAACGUGUCAAGGAAGUUCCGACUGAAGACGGUGCACAGGCAAACACCAGCAAAGCAUCCAAAGUGGAAAAGAAAGUGACGCGAGCACAGGUAGAAGUUUUGCGAGUAGUUUCCCCGAGUGAGUUUUACGUGAGCUUGCUGAAGAAUGCUAGCGGAAUAGCCCGGAUGCAGGACGACAUUCAGAAUAAGAUGGACGACAAAAUGGACGACGGUGACGAUAAAACAACUUGGCAGCGGGGAGAAAUGUGCUUGGUGUUCCCGACGACGGCCACGGGACAGGGAAGAGACACCAUAGGCUGUGAGUGGUACAGGGGCCGAGUGAUAGAAGUGGUUGAUGACAGUAACUACACGGUAUUCCUGAUCGAUAAGGCGCACACCAUGAACUCCCAUUACUCCAACAUGAGCACCAUUCCGCCGCUUCUGAAAGAGUUUCAUCCGGUUGCCAUCCGUUGCUUUUUGGCUUGUGUCGGUCCGUCAGGACUGCAGGAAACCUGGACCCCAUCGGUGAUUGAUGCAUUCAGGGUCGCCAUAGACAAGUUCAAGUUCUACUCCAUUUCCGUCCACGGACGAUGUGUGAACGAUUCCGUUCCCGUGAUCCUGUGGGGAAUGACCAUGGAAAGGGUCAAAGCUCUCUCGCCGCAGCUCUAUAUCUACACGAACAUCAACAGCAAACUGGUGAAGUAUGGCUAUGCGCACCUCAAGGAAAAGUUCCCCCCAUUAUCGGAAGCUUUCUCGGUGGAGGAAGAACUGGAACGACAUUACAAGGCGUUCGACAAGUUGUUGGACGACCUGGAUGUGGAAAUGGAAGAACAAAAAAGAAAUGCAUGUGACUCUGAGUCGUCAGAUGAAUAUCAGGUCGACAUAUCAGGCGAAUCCACACCGAUUGAUCAUUGGUUGCCGGCAAAUCCAAUAGAGAAGAAUAUCUUCGUUGCAAUGCCAACCUACGUGGACAACAACGGUGUUAUCUACCUACACGACGUGGAUAAAGAUCUCAAGCUCACUGCUAUCAAAAAAGCCAUCAAUGCCAAAUUCAACGGAAGCCAACAUGUACCGGGAGAUAAAGACUAUGCCAUUGGUCAACCGUGUCUGGCCAAGUUCCACGUCGAUGAUCAAUUCUACCGGGCAGUAGUACGGAAAGCUAUAGGCCCUGGUCGCUACAAGGUUCAAUUCGUAGACUACGGCAACAUUGAGGACUGUGGCGUGGAAGAUCUACGCAAGGACGUCAUUUGUGGUAGCAUUCCGAUGCUUGCUAACAAAUAUCGACUAACGGACGUUGCCCCGGCGCGAUCCGAUGACAUUUGGCCAGUAAAAUCACUCGACACACUGCACUCGUUGAUCGUCGGGAAGCGGUGCCAGGUUCGUGUUGAUAACGAUAUGGACACCGAUACAGUUGAAGUGAUUCCAUGCUACCUCAGAACAACGGGAGAAUUGGCGGAAGAUGUGUCUGAAUAUCUAGUAGAAAACGAGCUCGCCAUCAAGAAGCGUGGUGUGUUCCAGGAAAAAGUAGAUAUUCUCUAUGAUCCCUUUUCGGAAACUACUGGCAACAGCAAUGAUGAUGCGACGACCCCGAAAGCCGGACGGCGUAUCGCAGCCAAUUUCGGCACGGGUGCCGAAGCAGAAGGCAAGAGCAAAGUUGAACGAACCGAAGAAGACUUGCAAGCCCAUUUCAGUUCGAAGGAAUUGACCGACCUGUUGGACUCAGUGACUGCGGAACGCGAAGAGGGUGAAGACUCCGGCGACAAUAGUUCCGGUAUAGAUAUGAACAAGGUGCAGUACUUCUACAGCUUCGGUGAUGUCAAGCAGGAACCAGAUUCCGGCUCGGAAGAUGAUGAUGAAAUAAGGGAUUUGGCCAAGAAAAUAGACCAAGUUGACGACGCCGACGUGGUUGAUGCUUCAUCAAAUAUUUCAUUCAAUCCGAAUGAAUUCGAUACAUCCACCCAAAUUGAUCCACCGCUAGAAAUUACACGUCCCACAUUACAUGGGUAUCCUAAGUUAGCAGUGGACGAAUCCAUUAAAGGAUUCUACUGUGAAGUGACGUACAUGAUCAAUUCUACAGAAAUGUUCGUUUAUCCACAGUUGGAUGAGCAUAUCCAAUUGAUGAAAAGCACGAUGGCGCAGAUUCAAACCUACGCCAAGAAACAUCGGAAAUGUCCCGAUAUCGAAACUAAUAUGCCGUGCUUGGCCUUGUUCCCGGAAGACGGCUUUUGGUAUCGUGCUUUGAUCGAUGAAUACUUCCCCGAACGCGCGGAAGCUCGAGUCUAUUAUGUCGAUUAUCUCAAUAAGGAAACCGUCAAUGUGCGGGAUAUUCUCAAGUGUCCCGUAAGCUUGCGAAAAGUGCCACUGCGGGUGAUGAAGGUAAAACUGCACAAACUGCGUGCGAAUACCAGAAUGCGUGACGGAGAUGUCACAAACAAGCUAGUAGAGCUGGUCGAAAGUAAACGACUCUACGCCAGAAUAAUGGCGCACAAUUCCGUGGUCGAAGUUGAACUAUUCACCGAUUCCAGAUGCAACCAAUUGGUCUAUCGUCAGUUGAUCAAGGAUAAGUACUACUCCGCAGAAAAGUAAAUUGCACUCUCGCCGUUCGACACAAUGUGAACGUGUUUGGCUGGGCCGCAGUUAAUUUUUUAUCCAUGUUACUGAAAAAAACAUUUCGAAAGAUUGACCUUACCUACUUUAAGUUACUGCUCCGAGCCGAGGGCUGGAGAAACGUAUGGUAUUAUUACUUUUCCUUAUCCUUGAAUUAAAUAGCAAUAAAUGU